CGCCAGUGGGGUCAAGGCUCACCACACUGUUUCCCAACGUCUCCGCCGUCCGUCCGUCCGUCCGUCGGGUCUGUAUAAAGUCGGUCAGCGGCGGCUGGGAGGCAUCAGUUCACCGCCGAACUCCACCCAAAACAGCCCAAACAUGCAGCUGUUUUUCUUCGCCGUCGUCCUGGCCGUGGCCGCCGCCGCCCCGUCGGAGCUCUCCUACGAAGAGGAAAUCGUCGAAAUUCUCCGACAGAACAUCGACCACAACGACGACCACUCCUAUCAACAUUCUUUCGAGAGCGAGAACGGCAUCUCUGUGUCGGAGUCUGGCCAGCCGGAGGAUGACGACAGCUACAGCGUGUCGGGCCAGUUCAGCUACACGGCCCCCGACGGCGUCACCUACACGGUGGUGUACUCGGCCGGCGAGCAGGGCUUCCAGGCGCAGGGCGACCACCUGCCCACCCCGGUGCCCACCCAGUACCCCACGCCCGAGGUGGCCGACGACGAGGAAGAGGAGGGAGAGCAGGAGGAGGAGGAGGAGGGAGAGGAGGAGAGUGCUGCUGCUGGGGAGCCCGUCUACGAGAGGGUCAUCGUCGGCUACAGGCCACGGUACAACUAAACUAUCAAAUGUUCACAUUCCUUUCACGGGUACUGCGCGUCAUAUGCCUUCAUUGCGCCGAUUUUGACGGCGUUUGUGUUUAAUGUUCACGUGUACCAAUUGUAUGCUCAUAUGCGUAAAAGUAUUGUUUUAAUAAAUUUAAAUGUGAA